CUAUCUAUGUAUAGAUCGAAAUCUCACAAAAGUUAGAUUUCACAUUGACUUUCUUGUUCUUUCUUUCUUUCUAGUUGUCUUACAAAUCAGAGAUGAAUAAUUCUGCAGAGAAAAAGCCACAUGCUAUCUUGAUUCCAUCUCCAGCUCAAGGCCACAUCAAUCCAUUAUUCAAACUAGCAAAACUGCUUCACCUUAAAGGCUUUCACAUAACCUUUGUCAACACUGAGUACAACCACAAACGCUUGCUCAAAUCAAGAGGUUCAAACGCCUUUGAUGGUUUCACUGACUUCAACCUUGAGACAAUUCCAGAUGGUUUACCUCCAGUGGAAGGUGAUGAUGGUGAUGUUACUCAAGACAUUGUAGCAGUUACUGUUUCGUUAAGAAAGAAUUUCCAUCAAUUCUUUGGUGAACUUCUUACUAGACUUCAUGAAUCUGCCAUUGCUGGUCUUAUCCCACCUGUUACAUGUUUAGUUUCUGAUUGUUACAUGCCAUUUACCAUACAAGCUGCUGAAGAACGUGCACUCCCAAUUCUUCUCUUUUGCCCAACAAGUGCAUGUAGCUUCUUAUCUAAUUUGCACUUUGGAACACUUGUUGAGAGAGGCUUGAUACCACUCAAAGAUGAGAGUUAUUGGACAAAUGGAUAUUUAGACACUAAAGUAGAUUGUAUUCCAGGAUUGCACAACUUUCGACUAAAGGAUCUCCCGGGCUUUAUCAGAACAACAAAUCCAAAUGAUGUAAUGUUAGAAUUCUUUAUCGAGGUGGCAGAUAGUGUUCAUAGAGCAUCUGCUAUUGUUUUUAACACCUUUAAUGAACUUGAGAGUGAUGUGCUGCAAGUUCUCUAUUCAAUGCUCCCUUCUCUCUAUACCAUUGGACCAUUACCUUCAUUAUUAAAUCAAACUGGGCCUAAUCACUUAGCUUCUUUAGGUUCCAAUCUUUGGAAAGAAGAUACCAAAUGUCUAGAUUGGCUUGAAUCAAAGGAACAUGAAUCUGUUGUUUAUGUGAAUUUUGGAAGCUUUACGGUUAUGACUCCAGAGCAACUGUCGGAGUUUGCUUGGGGUUUGGCCAAUAGCAAGAAGUCAUUUUUGUGGAUCAUUAGGCCUGAUCUUGUCAUUGGUGGCUCGGUUGUAUUGUCAUCUGAGUUUGUCAAAGAAAUUUUUGAUAGAGGCCUGACUGCGAGCUGGUGUCCACAAGAGAAAGUGUUGAACCAUCCUUCAAUUGGUGGAUUCUUGACUCAUUGUGGAUGGAACUCAACCACUGAAAGUAUAUGUGCAGGAGUGCCAAUGUUGUGUUGGCCAUUUUUUGCUGAUCAGCCAACGAACAGUCGAUUUAUUUGCAAUGAAUGGGAAAUUGGAGCUGAAAUUGAUACAAAUGUGAAGAGAGAUGAGGUGGAGAAGCUUGUCAAUGAGUUGAUGGUGGGAGAGAAAGGGAGAGAGAUGAAGAAAAAAGUCAUGGAGUUGAAGAAGAAGGCAGAAGAGAACACUAGUCCAGGGGGUUGCUCGUACAUGAACUUGGACAAAGUUAUUAAGGAUGUCUUGCUUAAAAAGUACUAAAUAUUUAAGAGUUUAUUCUGGGAAAUAUGGUUACGUUACGCAUUCAUUGAUAUCCUCUUGAAAUUGUUUUAUUGUCAAUAAUAAAUUAUGCAUUUAGCUAUGAAGCAUGGUACUUUUAAAAUGGAGAAGUACUAGAAUUGGAUAUAAACAUGUAUUGUAUUUUUUUUUUUUUUAUCAUUUAGUUUUGAAAUGCAAGUCAUUGCUGGUUUUUCCUUCCAAAUUCACCUUAAAAUGUAGCUCAGUUUAACAUUGGAUGCUUUGAAACAGAUUGCAGGCUUACAGUGACCCUAAACUGAGCAACUAAGCUACUUGCAGCACAUGUAUUUAAGUAAUGAUAAAACUUACAAGAUUGAAAGGCAUAAAUCAUAUUU